UCUCCCCGCGAGCCGGAGCAGCUCCGCAAGCUCUUCAUUGGUGGGCUGAGUUUCGAGACCACCGAGGAGAGUUUGCGGAACCAUUUUGAACGAUGGGGAUCCCUCACAGACUGUGUGGUGAGUAUGAAUUUUUCAUAAUAUUAGGGUCUGGCUUUUCUAAUUGUAUCAGCAAAUUAACAGUGCCAUUUUUUCCCUCAGGUCAUGAAAGAUCCAGUCACAAAGAGAUCUAGGGGCUUUGGCUUUGUCACAUACAGCUCAGUGGAUGAAGUUGAUGCAUCAAUGGAGGCUCGUCCUCACAAGGUUGACGGCCGACAAGUAGAGCCCAAGAGAGCCGUGUCCAGAGAGGUAAGCUAUGUCUGAUGUGACACUACAAAACAUAGAAACCUUUUUCACAUAUGUUGGGGUGGUGCUGGUGAUUAAUAUGAAGUUGAACAAUGGUGAAAUGUCCUUUUUGAGGAUCUUCUGAUUGUCUUUGAAGUGAUUGAAUGUAAUGUGUGUUGGACAGGAAUCCUCUAGGCCAGGUGCUCACACGACGGUGAAGAAGAUCUUUGUGGGUGGAAUCAAGGAGGACACAGAGGAGCACCACCUUAGAGACUACUUUGAUAAAUUUGGCAAGAUUGAAGUCAUCGACAUCAUGACUGAUAGAACCAGUGGGAAGAAGAGGGGAUUUGCCUUUGUUACAUUUGAUGAUCACGAUUCAGUCGAUAGGAUUGUCAGUAAGUUCUCAAGUCAAUACCAUUGGUACAGAAAAGCUGCUGUUGUGUAUUUGGAUGUUUCAUUUUUUUCAGUUCUCAAGUAAUUUACUGAUAUGUUUUGAACAAUUUCCUUUCUCCCCUUGCAGUCCAGAAGUAUCAAACAGUGAAUGGUCACAACUGUGAAGUGAGGAAGGCUCUGUCAAAGGAAGACAUGAACCGGUCAGGUAUGAAUUGGAGAAGUUCCAGAGCAAAGCUCUUUUGCCAACUCCUUGCUUCCCAGCAACAACUGAAGGUUUAGACAUGUGACUUUGAGAAAGUGACUGACCUGUUUGAUGUUUGUCUUUCAGGGCCAAGAGGUGGAAACUUUGGCAGAUAUGGAGGUAUGUAA